GGAAUGGAAAACACAAUACGAGACAGCUAAGGAACUAUUUGGCAAAAUGGCAAUCACAGAGAAGAAUAACACAUAAUGAUAACUGUAAUGUAAAUAAAAACUAAUUUAAUUGUGUUGUAUGCACAAUGAGGCAGAAUACAACUGAUCACUGAUAAUUAAAAAGAAGAACUGCCUCAACAGAAAAGUUUCUUCUGGACCUCUGGUAGUGAAAACCUUAACCUGAUCUUGUGCACAAUAUCUGUGUUUGCACUUUGCACCCAGCCCAGCCAUAAAUCCAUAAAUACUUACUGGGUAUGUUUGUGUCAUUAUCACAAAGACUCAACCUUGCAAUUUUAAUUUAUGAUCAAUGUGUGAUGGUCCUGAUGAAAUCAUAGAUAUUACUCUAUGAUGGAUGUACCAUUUAUUUCAUGAGCUCCGCCCUUAGCUUUGGGUGGCCUAUAGGGUGGUCCUGGGUGGGGUCGUUCUGACGUUCUCACAGCUUAGUCUGCUGACUAUAGUACUCAUGGCCUCUCUCGAGGAGGAUUAUGAUUUUGUGACUGAGGCAUGUGGUUCAAAAUCUGUAAUAAAACAGGCGAAAGAUAUUGAGAAAAAAUUACGAGAUGUGUUAGGUGAGAAUGAGAAGUUGAAGUGUCUCAAUGAGAGAAAAGAAGAUCAAUUGAAACAACUAAGUACAAGACUAGAGGAAAAGGAUAGAGAGCUGGAAGAAAGAGUUAUACAAUUAAAGGUAAAAUACGAGGAAGUGAUGAAUAAAGAUAAGGAACUUGAGCAAUUACGAGGAACAGUAGAUAGUCAUCUGCAGACGGUCAAAUCCAAGGAGUGUGAAAUUAAAGAGUUAAAGGAGACGAAAGCAUCAGUAGAAACGACAUUAAUCAAAUUAACGACAUAAAUCUGAUUUAGCAUCAUAGCUAAAUGAUGCCAAAUAUAAGAUUCAUGAGCUAACACAACAAAUUUCUGAUUUUAGCAUAGAGUUUUUAUAGGUUUCAAGAUUGACAGA